AUGGCUCAUAUUUUCCUUCCUAUCCUUUUGUUCUCUUCCAUUAUCUCUACGAAUAUUCAUGCAUGCAACCAAAUUGAGCGCAACUCUCUCCUGUCCUUCACCCUCACUCUAUCUUCUUCUCCCUUAAACUGGACUUCAUCAGUUAACUGUUGUCAAUGGAAAGGCAUCACAUGUAAUCAGGAUGGUUGGGUGACCCAUUUGCUCUUACCCUCGAAAGAGCUCAAAGGAGGUAUUUUUCCUUCAACAUCAUCACUUGGAAAUCUCACACAUCUCACCCACUUGAAUCUCUCUCACAAUUCACUUUAUGGAUCACUUCAAACUGAAUUCUUCUCAUCCCUGAAACAUCUUGAGAUCCUUGAUUUGAGCUAUAACCUUCUUUCUGGAGAACUACCACUUUAUCUACCAUCCAGCAGUAUCAAGAAACUGGAUUUGUCAAGCAAUCAGUUUCAUGGUGCAAUUCCAUCUUCAUUCUUCCAACAAACUAGUAAUUUGAUUAGUUUUAAUGUCAGCAACAAUAUUUUAUCAGGGCCCUUCCCGUCCUCUAUUUGUCUCAAACAUUCUUCGCGCUUGAUUAGUGUUUUGGAUUUUUCUUCCAAUAAAUUUAAUGGCAACAUUUCACGAGGACUAGGGGAGUGUUCCGAACUAAGGGUUUUUCAUGCCAGUCAUAAUAACCUCUCAGGGUUUCUUCCAGAAGAUAUCUAUAAUGCUACCAAACUUGAAGAACUGGCAUUAGCUCUCAAUUCACUCUAUGGAGCCAUUAGUGAUAGAAUUGUCAACCUCACAAACCUUGCAAUCCUUGACCUCUAUUAUAAUCAAUUAAGUGGUGUCCUCCCUCUCAAUUUUGGGAAGCUGUCCAAGUUGAAACUACUGAACCUUGAUUUCAACCACUUAGAAGGUGUCUUGCCCCCAUCUUUGAUGAAUUGCACAAACCUGAUUGAAAUACAUCUAGCAUCCAACAACUUGGAAGGAGAUAUCUCCACACUUAAUUUCUCCAAACUCAGUGAACUUACUAAAAUUGAUCUAAUUAGGAACGAAUUCACCGGUAUCUUGCCAAUAAGCCUUUACUCAUGUCGGUCCUUAAAAGCCAUUCGAUUGUCUGGAAAUGAUAUAAAGGGACAAAUACAAGCUGAGAUUCUUUCAUUGAAAUCCUUGUCCUUUCUCUCGCUUGGCGGCUUAACCAAUGUCACUGGGGCACUGAAGAUAUUAAUGCGUUGCAAGAGUCUUCAAACACUCGACCUCUCAUAUUCGUUUAAAGGCGAGGAAAUGCCAGCUGAUAGUGGUAUGGUUGAUGUUGAUGGAUUCCAAAAUCUUCGAUUACUGUGUUUGUAUUAUUGUGAGUUCACUGGUCAAAUGCCUCUUUGGUUAUCCAAACUCAAGAAUCUAGAGAUCUUGAUUCUGAAAGGUAGUCGAAUUACAGGGCCAAUUCCUAGUUCUUUGGGGACUCUUCCAAAACUCUUUUGCAUAAGCUUCGCUGACAACCAAAUUUCAGGUGAAUUUCCAAAAGAACUUUGUGGACUGCCAAGGUUGGUGCAUGAACCUACUGCAGCUCAAGUAGGAGACGAUUAUCUUGAAUUUCCUAUCUUCACUGCCUUUGCCCAAUAUCUAAUUUUUUACCCUCACAGGUUUUCUAACUUCGCACCAACAAUAGACCUAUCUCUCAAUCACAUUAAUGGCAGAAUACCUUCUGAGAUCGGAAAAAUGCGUCUUCUCCACAAGUUGGAUCUUAGCAUCAAUAACUUCUCCGGCAACAUUCCAAAUGAAAUAUCCAACCUAAAAAAUUUAGAGAAUUUAAGCCUCUCUAUGAAUCAUUUGUCUGGACAAAUCCCGUCGUCAUUGGCGAGCCUCAGUUUCUUAAAAUCUUUUAAUGUCUCAUACAAUGAUCUUGAAGGACCAAUCCCAACAGGCACUCAGCUCCAAACUUUGAAUGCUUCUGAAUUUAAGGGGAACUCAAAACUUUGUGGUUCUCCACUUCCAAAUGAGUGUCUAAACAGGAGCAUCAAUGUAGAUAAUAAGAACCACCUAGUUUUGGACAAUGAGCAUCAAAUUUCAUGGUUUUAUAUUUUUGUCGUGUUAGGUUUCAUUAUAGGAUUUUGGGGAGUCUGUGGUUCUUUAAUUAUUAAGAAGACAUGGAGAUACACGUAUUUUCAAUUCGUAGACAAUUUACAAGAUAGGCUCUAUGUGAUGAUGACAGUGCACAUGAGAAGAAGGCUUAGAGGCUAG